UGGAGUGAUGAGAGUGGACGUACUCCAUUCAUCCCAGUUUUAUUCCGUCUCACUGUCCCCGAUAAUUCCCCAAAUAAGUGAUUAAAGUGCCGACGAAAAUGCAGGUCAACACGGCAAUAUCCCCCCGGGUGUUCACCGCGAUACAAAAUGUUAACAUAAAGGAACUAUCGAAGUGCACGCAAAAAGAAAUACGUCCGUUGUUGCCGUGCCUAGUGCGUAUGAGUUUGAUAUCGCCGCUGGAUAUAACUAAAGAGUGUGUGGAAUCGCGAAAAGAAAUUCUCACUAUUCUGUCGGGAAUUGAGUCAGUGAAUUCCAUAGUUGCACUGUUGUCCAUAGAUUUUCAUGCCCUCGAGACUGACGUUAGGAAGGAGCAACAGUUGAGACAAAAACUGGGAAACACCCAGGGCGACAGUAUCCUCGCGCAAUCCCUGCAGAGCGGUCUGGCCCUAGAAUUCGAGCGCAGUGAAUCCACCCGUCGAAUUCGCCUGGUCCUGAGCGAGCUCCUGUUCGUCUCCUCCCAGAUCCACGAGUACCACAAGAACAAUGAAUUCCUCAUAAAGCAAUCAGACCUCUUCGACAAUGCCGUCUACAUGGAGGAGAUAGCCUACGUGAUCUGCAUAGCCCUGGCGGAGCUCCCAGCUCUCCUCUCCAUCCGCGACAUAGCCGAGACCCUUCUGCACGUGAAACACGGUCCGGAGAUCAUCUGCUGGAUAGUCGCCAACAGUCCAGACUCCUUCUCCGAAGUGUGCACCCACCUGAUCGCGAAUGGCGAGCGUCAGGAGGAGUCAGCCCUCGGAAGAAUUCGCACCCAAGCCUUGACAAUGCUCUGCCGAAUGAAUCCCAGUCGAGCUCUGGCAGUUCGAGCAAAGUGCGUUGAGCUCUGUCGAAUGCCAGCACUGGCCAUCACUCUGAGCCUCGAGCGAGAGUGUUUGGAAUCCUCACAACUCGACAGUGACACAGUCGCCUUCGUCUCAGGACUUUUACUGGGAAGUGAUCAGCAGGUAAGAACGUGGAUUGCCAUGUUCAUUCGAAAUGGCCAGAAACGAAAAGGGGAAUCCCACACAGCGCUGCAAGCCCUCCGAGACGAGCUGUUGGUACGACUGUGGGCAAUUGUCCCUAGAUCACCCGAUUGCCAAUUGGCGGAGUGUCAAGUGGUCCAAGCAAGUGCUCUCCUUCGACUCUACUGCGCACUGAGGGGAAUAGGAGGAAUUAAAUUUCAGGACGACGAAGUCCCAAUGAUCGUUCAACUCUUGACCUCUCACCCGCCUCCCUCACCUGCUGGCGUCAGAUUUGUCUCGCUUGGCCUCUGCAUGCUGAUAGCUUGUCCCUCACUGAUCGGCCAUCACAAUCUCGAAAAGAAGAGCAUUGAGUGGGUGCAGUGGCUGGUGAGGGAGGAGGCUUACUUCGAAAGUGCUAGUGGUGUAACAGCCAGUUUUGGAGAGAUGCUGCUGCUGAUGGCCAUUCACUUUCACAGCAAUCAAUUGUCAGCUAUAUGCGAUCUUGUUUGUGCUACGUUAGGCAUGAAGAUACCGAUUAGGCCGAAUAAUUUGACGAGAAUGAAGCAGAUAUUCAUGCAGGAGAUUUUCACCGAACAAAUUGUCACUGCUCAUGCUGUCAAGGUGCCUGUCACUGCUAAUUUGAAUGCCAAUAUACCGGGCUUUUUGCCUGUUCAUUGUAUACAUCAGCUGCUCAAGUCCAGGGCAUUUGCCAAGCAUCGAGUGCCCAUCAAGACUUGGAUUUACAAGCAACUUUGUAACAGCGUUCCACCACUACAUCCGGUUCUACCCGCUCUCGUUGAGGUUUAUGUUAAUUCAAUUCUUGUUGUCAAUCACAAGAGUUCAGAGCACACCAAUAAACCUAUCAUGGAGGAUGAGAUUAGAAAGGUCUUUCAGAAUAGUGUGUUUGGGGCGAAUUUUGAUGUUAAGAAGAGUGCACUUAAUAUCAUGGAUAUGGAGACGGAUUAUCUGGAUGUUGAUACCUCUAAGCCAUCGCUAACGUCACAGCUAUUAUUUCUUUAUUAUCUUCUGCUUUAUGAGGAUGUCAGACUGUCCAAUAUGCAUAAUUUUAUAUCGCAGGGGAGGAAAGUUAAGAGUUAUUCAACGGAAUUUUUAUCGGAGCUGCCGAUUAAGUAUUUAUUGCAACAGGUUCAGAGGGAUCAGGCCAGCUAUGCUGGGUUAUUUUCACCACUGCUUAGAUUACUGGCAACGCACUUUCCACAUUUGAGUCUCGUUGACGAUUGGCUGGAUGAUGAGAUGAUUAAUAUCGAAUCGCCAGCUGCUAAUUAUGAAAAUGUGGUGAUUAAUGAUGUCUCGAUUAUUGAGGCUUUUGGACAUAUCAAGAGCUGUCCGUCGAGGACUGGGAGACUGCUGAGGCAGUUGAUGUCUAUGAAACCGACUGAUAUUUGGCCACAUGCGGAAACUUUUGUACAUUAUUUCAAGGUCAUUCUGGAUGAGAAGGUGCCGAGGUAUAUUCAAGAAUUGUACAAACAAGUCUGGCUGAGAUUAAACACUGUUCUACCGAGGUGUUUAUGGGUAAUGUCAACAAACGCACUUUUGAUUGAAAAUCCAACGGUUCAGAAUGUUCGUCUUACGCAAGAGAACAUUGUUCUCGACCCUCUCCAAGUGCUCAGAUGUGAUACCAGAGUAUUCAGAUGUGCCCCGGUGUUAUCAGUCAUUCUGCGAAUUCUUCAAGCAACACUUGCUGCCUCAACGUCACAGUUAUCAAGACACAUGCAGGACAGACCUUUGACAGAAAAAGUGGGACAACUGACGAGUGAAGUAGAGAGGGAGGAUCUGAGAGCGGCACUGGUUGCGGGUCAAGAGAGUGCAGCGGUUCAAAUUCUUUUGGAGGCUUGCUUGGAGACUGAUGAGGACCAACGAGUUCCUGGACAGAUGUGGUCACUGAGGGAGAUUAGGAGUGUGGUUUGCUCCUAUCUUCAUCAAGUUUUCAUCGCUGACCCACCACUGGCAAAACUCGUUCAUUUUCAGGGCUAUCCCCGUGAACUCCUCCCAAUAACAGUAUCCGGCAUCCCCUCGAUGCACAUCUGUUUGGACUGGAUCCCAGAGUUGCUAUCUCAGCCCGAGCCAGAGAAGCAAGUGUUUGCAGUUGAUCUUGCGUCCCACCUGGCAGUGCAGUAUGCAUUGCCAAAGGCUCUCAGUGUCUCCCGACUGGCGAUAAACACAUUGAUAACCCUCCUUGGGGUCCUCCCAGCUAAGGAUCGUGUCGUUCUCUUCAUGCCUGUGCUCUCAGCCCUCACGAGAAUUUGCCUGGCAUUUCCUCCUCUCGCUGAAGACACAACUGGACUUCUCCUGCAAUUGGGAAGGGUCAGCUCUGCUCAAGCUGCUCUGGGGGAUAAAUCGGCGGAAAUUCUCUGCCAGGAAGUCAACUCGACGUUCUCCUCACUGAUACAGAAAGCCAUUCUACAAUCCAGAGUUUAUUGAAGGCUGAAAUUAAUUUUUGUAAAACUGUGAGAAAAUUGUUGUGCAGUUUUUGUAUAUAUUAGUCAUCAAUUCUUUAUUACAAUUGUAAAUAACUUCACGAAAUGAAUGAUGUACAUACACGAAUUUUCUUUUUUCAG